AUGUGCCCGGUGGAGAACAGAUUAGCCUUCACAAUGUACAUGCUUACGGGGGAGGCAAAACAUUGGUGGACCAGCACAAAAUCCAUCAUGGAGGAGAGAGAGGAGCCUGUGACGUGGGAGGCAUUCAGGGGGAAAUUCCUCUCCGAGUACUUCCCCGACAGUGUACGAUAUGCCAAGGAGGUGGAAUUCCUCCAGCUCACCCAGGGAGGGAAGUCAGUAGCUGAUUAUGCUGAGAAGUUCAAGCAUCUCAGUCGCUUCUAUACACUGCCGCUUGAUGAGGAGUUGAGAUGCCAAAAAUUUGAGAACGGCCUCAGGGGAGACAUCCGCUUAAUGAUAACCCCUCUAUCCAUCAAGGACUUCGCUGCACUAGUGGAGAAAGCACGAGUAAUGGAAAAGAUGAAGAAUGAAGUGGAAGGGCAGCGCCCACAACAACUCCAGAGGAUAGGUGGACCAUCUGGGUUCAAACCGAGGCACGAGGAGAGGAGGAAGCCUUAUGACAGACCUCACCAUCAGCCUCAGGAUUCUAGGAGUUUUCCCCUCAGCAGGGUCGAGUAUAGUGUUACAUAUGCGGAGGCCCUCAUCUGA